AUGACAACUGAUGACAAUGUUAUUCAACUUGAUGAGCCUGUAUUUGCUUCACCGGUGCUGAUCAAUGGCGAUAGUUGCGGAAUCAUUGUUACUCAGCAUUCCAGUAUAUAUAUGAUCGGAAUUGAUCCGCUGUGUAUUAUUCGACGCUUGAAGUCGCCAGAAUUAAAUUCAUCAUUUGUUCGAUCGCCAGCCAUUGUUGAUAAUCAUAUUUUUUUCCUCAACACUUCAGGACAGCUUUUUGAAAUGGCACUGCUGCAGUACUGUGGACGCCAAGAUUGGAUUACUGAAGAUUCAGAAAUGGAAGAAAGAAAUAAAAAGAUUUGGUCGAAUACAAUGGGAUCUCGAACGACACCGUUUCUGUUUCGUAAACGAAUCUCAGUUACUGGUGAAACCUUCGGUGGAGCGACCAUUGUGAAAUGUGAGAAUAGCAAAAAUUUUGAAGCAACUAUUUAUCGGGGACUGAUUGGAAGUCGUGAUGAACACUUACGAAGAAAAAAGUCUAGCAAUGAAAUAUUAUGUUGCCAGGAAAGUGAGCUGAAAGAAAAUGCUGUUGGCUACAGAAUACAGACAGGCACAGAAAAAAUGACAGUUGUACUGAAGAUGGAGUUCGAGGGUGAUGGAGAGAAGCGGGCGCAAUUGGCCUCAGUGAUUGGUCAGCUGGGGGACAAGGCAGUUGAUGAAUUGUUGAACAACAUUGUGAGCGUUUUGCUCACCAACUGGACCCGGAGCCGUUUGCCAGCCUUCAAAACUACUACUGCAUUGUUGCUUCUAUCACUAAUACAGCUACUGCUGCCACUGAAGCAUCGUAGCAACAGCAACCGCUAGCCCGAAACAUUGUUGAAACGGUAUCGGAAUUUGGAGAUACAGCGUGGUAAUACGGAUAGUAUAGUUAAAGUUGAUGUGUUAAGCAAUGGUGUAGGUGAAUUAUCACCUGAAACAGAACUGUUGCUUAAAGAAGCAAAACCACUGAAUACGGAAUCAGAUGUGAUGUUGCAUAACGACGACGAAAGUGAAACCAGAGAAAGUGGCACAGCACAUUUGUCGCCGUUUGCUACUGAAAGCGAUGCUGGACAAUGCGGUGGUGAAGAAGAAGAAGGCCAUGAUAUGUCACCGGAAGAAAAGCGUCCUAGAAUUGAGAGACCACGAGCUCAAUAUGCCAGCUCCGUUAGACGUACGUCGGCUCCAGCCUGCCUUUGGUCAGCUACGUCUUUGUUUUCUGACCAGCCAACAACGUCUGCAUCGUUUCAAGAUAACUUAACUCUAUUACAAAAACUUUUGGCUAAACAACGAAUGAAAUGCCCAAGCGCUUCAUCAAGUCCAGAUAGCGGCUUGGGUCAUGACACGGAACUUCCGCUUAAUGAUCCGGCUUCACAACGUUUUCCAUCAACAGCUUCACCAUUUGGUCCGUGGCCUUGGCUCGCAGGUAUGUUUUAUUUUUCGUAA